AUGGGUCGAAGAAGCGAAUCGGCCGAUCGAAAAAAGAAAGACAAAGACAAGGAGAAAAAGAAGGAUAAGGACAAAGACAAGAAGAAAGACCGCAGCAGAAGUCGCGGACGAGACAAAGAUAGAGAACGAAAAGACAAAGAGAAGGGGAAAGACAAAGACAAGAAGGACAAGGAGAAAAAGGACAAAGACAAGGAGAAGGACAAAGAAAAAGACAAAGAAAAGGCUUCCGCAGAUGCACCUAAGCCUGCGGAGGCCCCAGCUGCCCCAGCUGCCCCAGCCCCCAGCGAGCCGUCGGCUGCGGAGAAGCCGACCAUAGAAGCGCCGGCCGAUUUCGCGGAGGAUGACGUCACGGCCGUGGGGCCGGGAGGACGAAAGCUCACGGCGGGGGAGCGCAUUCGAUUGGCAAGAGCAAAGGCUCAGAAUGACAAGAAGAAGAGCAUUGCCAUUGGGAGUAGCAGCUCAAAAAGCAGCAGCAGCUACAGUAGCAGCUCGUCCGAGAAAAAGAAGAAGAAAAAGAAGAACAAGAAGAGAUCACGCAGCCCCAUCAGCAGCUACGGUGGCCUGGUGCCGGUGCCGGUGUGGCUCCCGCGGCCCGCCAAUUAUGGCCAG